GUAAAUUACGCGCCGCCGCCACUUCCGCCAUCUUGGCGUUUACACACGUACCGGAAGUAACGAUGUGUACGCGAACCUAUCAUCCCACGUCGGAAACGUGGCAGCGGAUCGGAGCGCCGUUGGCAUUUCUCGCGACUCGCGAGUUCAUUUUGGCGCACUCUUGCCGUAUGGAGCGAUCGACGCUGAACGAGUGACACGAACGAGAGACGUUUCUCGCGUUAAAAGACAGUCGAGCGACACAAUAAUCAACCGGUCAUCGAAGGUCCGUAAUACGAAGAAAGUAAUGAAGUGGCACAUCUUGCUCGCAGCACUUGCUGCGUUAUGCAUAGCUGUGUAUGCGGAGGAGGAAGAAGAGGCUGCUAGAUUAUUAGUCUCUAAACAGAUACUUAACAAAUAUCUGGUAGAAAAUAUGGAUAUAGUUAUUAAGUAUACUAUUUACAACACUGGCAAUGUGGCAGCCUUGGAGGUCGAAAUCACAGACAAUUCGUUUCACCCGGAUCAUUUCACUCACGUGAGUGGAGAGUUGAACGCUAGAAUCGACCGCGUUCCGCCCUACACCAACGUUAGCCAUACCGUAGUCGUGAGGCCGCGCAAAUUUGGAUAUUUCAACUUUACUUCCGCCGAAGUUCUUUACCGCCGCAAGGAGGACGCGCCCCGAUUACAAGUGGCUGUAAGCAGCGAGCCUGGCGAAGGGCUCAUUGUGGCAUACAGGGAUUAUGACAAACAAUUUUCGUCUCACGUGGUCGAUUGGGCCGCGUUCGCCGUGAUGACUCUACCCUCCCUGCUCAUUCCAUUCGCCUUGUGGUAUUCGAGUAAAUGUAAAUAUGAAAAAUUGUUAAAGAACACAAAAAAGCACUGAUUGUAUAUUGUAUGUUAGAAAUUUGUUUCCAGGAAUUUCUAGGUCACUUUAUAAAUUUUCCUAUAUCAUUGUAAGAAACACGACUGUUCCACUAUAUACAUCUACUUUUGUAAUAAAUGUAAUGAUAUUUAUGAAAA